AUGGAAGAACCAAAGUGUAAAGGAAAGUCCAUGAUUGUAAUUGAGAUCAGCGCAGCCUAUGUGCUUCGAAGGAACUUUUCAUCCUUUCUCAGCAUGGCAAGGCCGGAGAUGCUGCUGAAUCUUUUGGCUCUUCAUCCCUUCCAGAGUAUAUGGACUCGAGCUAGCAAGUAUUUCUGGACUGAAAGGCUGAGAAGAGUCUUCACAUUCGGGACUAUGUACAUGGGCAUGAGUCCGUUUGAUGCACCGGCGACGUAUAGCCUGUUGCAGUACACAGAGUUGGCAGAGGGAAUUUUGUACCCAAAAGGCGGGUUUCAUAGAGUUGUUGAAUGCCUUGUCAAGGUCGGCCAGCGACUGGGUGUGGAAUACCGCCUGUCCACCUCAGUACAAUCUAUUUCCAUCGACAAGGCCACGCGGAAAACUAACGGAGUUAUUCUUGAAGACGGAACCCUCCUCCCGGCAGACAUCGUAGUCUCGAAUGCGGACCUUGUCUACACAUACAACAAUCUUCUACCGGAAACCUCCUAUGCGCACUCUCUGUCCAAGCGCGAGGCAUCCUGCAGCAGCAUCUCAUUUUACUGGUCGAUUUCGAGGGUUAUUCCGAAACUUCAGGCUCACAACAUCUUUCUUGCGGACGACUACCGAGAGUCCUUUGACAGUAUCUUCAAGCAACAUCUCAUCCCGGCGGAGCCGUCCUUCUAUGUCAACGUUCCGUCGCGGGUGGAUCCCUCGGCCGCCCCAGAAGGUAAAGACUCCAUCGUCGUGUUAGUUCCCGUAGGCCACCUGCUGUCGGACAAGUCAGGAACACAUAGGGGCACAAACAAGGCAGCCAAUAGCCCCGAAGAUACGUCAACUCGGAUCAGGAUUGGGACUCCAUGGUAUCACUUGCUCGCGAAACGGUAA